UAGCCAACGGUUGCCGCCACUACAGAACCGCCUAAGAAGCGCCGCCACCAAUGUCAGAAACGGAAUACUUACAACGGGCGAAGCAAACGCCAGAUCGCACCAGAUCGCAGCACAACAGAGCGAGCCACCCGAAGUGAUAGCUGUUUUCGGACCAGCAGUGGUUAGAAAUAGGUAGAACAUUGGUGGUUAUUGGUGCUUUAAUAGUGGUGACUGAUGCUGCUGCUGCUGCUAUUACUCACUACGGCUGCUGUGGUAAUGUUUGUGUUGUAGAGGAAUAUCGAGAGGUUUGUGCCUCCGCGCAGUCACGUUGGACGUUGGCUGACAGAGGAUGACAAUGAUGAUAAUUGCGGCAACAGAAAGUUCAUGAAUAUCGAACGUAUCGCAACGAUAACUACAAAUCGUUAAAUGAUUAUUCGUGAAAACGACACUUUGCGCCACGCUACGGACCACUUUAUUGCCUGUUAACUUCUGCGUCGAAUAAUAUCAGUAACGACAUUGAGUCGGUCGGGCGGUGACCGCGCGAAACUCACCCAACUACCGCGCCAGUUCGAGGCGCGUUGAUCGCGCAGAGAAAUCGUUCUUCCGUCCGAACGCACGGGAUCCAUUCGCGCCGAAUUGAGUGCCCCUUAGAUUCAUUGUGCGGUGUGUCUGUUAGUCGGCCUUUUUUUUCGAGAUUCUGUCCAGUCGAUCGCCUAAAGUCGCUCAAUAGGAAAUACACACAGCUGAUCGACCACAGCGCAAGUUUGCAUGGGCGAUUUUUCAGAAAUUAUCGCCGCCGCUCAUGAGGCAAUUACUUGGAAGCUAUCGUAAAAUAUCAGAUCAAUUCCAUGGAGAAAAUCGGUGUAUAAAGAUCCGUAACAGUGCUUCAUGCUGUCGGGGACGAUUUUGGACCUUUCAAGUACUGUCAGGCUUACGCAGCCCAUCAUUAGAGAGUCAAGAUCUAUUAGCAGAAGAGUAGUUGUACAAAUGGGUGCAGGAGGACUUCGUGCGGUUAUAUAAUAAUUGUUUUGACUUUUAUUUCAUUUUAAUUAAUUCCGUUUGUUGUGCCGAUUCUGCCGGGAAAUUCCUCCUAGCUGGAAUUUACUAAAGCAUUGUGUGGUAGCCUGAGAGUUUAUAGACAAUGUGGUAACCCGGAACUGUACAAAGUAUCUGUGGUCUUUUCGCGAGCUACAAAAAUAUAUUACGCUUCACCAUACUAGUAGUCACUGUACUGUUCGAAAUAUGGUUGUGUUGCUACAACAGUUGCUCAUAACGACUUAUAGUGAAUUUGUGCCCCAAAGUGCCUUAAGCGCGAAGCAUCUGCUACUUCCAAGCGUUACAUUAUCAAAUAAAAUAUCAUUUACUUCAGAUCGUAUCACAACAGCCGAAAAUAUAACUCGGUGUUGAACUGGAUCAAAACAGUUCGUAGCGCGAGUAUUUGAUUCCCAUAACAUCCUUAGCUUCAUACUACCAAAUGAAAUCUUAUUGACGGGGAUUCUGCGUUGGCAUUAAGCAUUCCUGCUAUCGAACAAUUAUUAGUAUGGUGAUAUAAUGACACUAUAGCACAAGUAGACGCCACCCUUUUUACAGUGUCAUAGUAUCAUCGCCUGAUUAUAAUUAUAGCAACCUAUGGAUACCUAAAUAAAGAAAGACUACAAAGACGAUAUGAGUGACGAAGAGGCUGAAGAAGCAUCUGGAUCUGUGUUGUUCCUUGGUGAUGUUGUUCGUGAUGACGAUGGUGAUGAUGAUGAAGACGUCGAUGAAGAUGAAGAUGACUAUGCGGAUUAUCACGAUAAUAUAGAAUACGUCUGUCCAGAUCACUUUGUGUUUCAUUGUAUGUUGACUGGGGGUCGUGGAAUCAGUGCCGAUGGCGGCUCGGUUUGCGUCAGCAGCGCUGCGGCCUCCAACGUAGUCAAGAGGCACUCGGAUGCUGUUAACUAUGUGCGUCGACCACUCGUUCCGCAGACCUGGUGUCAACGUCUUCAUGCGCGUCAACUCGGGCUCAAACAUAAAGAACCACCGGGAACGGCGUUGCGUCGAAUUUACGACAAUAUUCGGCCGUCGGAUGACGUAUUCCCGAACGAUGAACAGACACCCCAUGGUGGUAUCUUCAAUCUAUCGUUCUCUGAUGAUGGACGCACACUCGUGGCGGCCACCGAACGGCGUCGAAUUCUCGUGCUCGAUCCGCUCUCGCACAAACUUGUUCACACUGUAGCCGAUGCCCAUCUCGACUGUGUCAACUAUGUGCGAUUCCUCGAUAGCAGAGUGGUCGCGUCUUGUUCAGACGACACGAAAGUAAAACUCUGGGACGUACGCAGUUUACGUGAACACGUGAGCGAGUUAAGUGGCCAUGCGGGUUGGGUGAAAAAUAUCGAAUAUUCGAAGAAGGAUGGUUUACUUGUCACGUCAGGCUUUGAUGGUAAUAUUCAAAAAUGGCACAUCAAUCAACUCGGCGAGCGAUACAAUGCUACGGAAAAUCGUGUGUUAUACCAAUCUGGCUUGAUGCGUAUGCGCCUUACCCCUGACGAGAGCAAGAUGGUCUUGUGUACGACUCAGGGAUAUCUCAUGGUCGUGCAUGACCUUGAUCUCAAUACCCUCAAAGAAGACCUCAGCGAGUUUCGGCCGGACCUCUUUCGUAUGCAUCAGCGCGAGCAGUCGGGGUUCUCGAAUCCUAUCCUCGACUGGGAAAAGUUCUUCACCGCUUCGCGGAAUCGUGUGGAAAUGAUCUCGGACUUUCCCGUUGGUGAUACUGCUCAAGUGAUCUCUUCGCUCCAGGUUCACCCUCAUGGAUGGAGCGUUUUAUCGAGGAACACCAACUUUGAAGAGAAAGGAGAGUGGACAUGUGUCCACGACAUUCAGGGUCUGGAUCGAUCGGACGCGGACGAUUUCGAUGAGCCUAUUAUCCGAAAGAAGUCGCGCCUGGACUUAAGCCCCGAUAUGGCGUCAAGGUUGCCCAUGGGUCCGUCGGGUUUGGUUGAGAUGUACGGCAUGAGUCUCUAUCAACAGGUUCGGUUUGGAGCCUAUAACACAGAUAUGGAUACCGAUGAAGACGAAGGCAAUUAUGACUUCGGCCGAUUACGGGUCCGUAUUGAGAAUUGGCGGAAUACUAGUUCCAGGGCACACGCUCAUAGGGGUCGCGACUAUCAGAUACACCAACAGCUGGGGCCGCAUAAUCAAGUGCAGGUGCAGAUUCGCCAGGUAGUCAAUGUCGAUACGAGCGAAUCGAACAACGGAAACAAUGGCAGUGGUAAUGGUGGUCACGGAAGAGAAAAUGUUCGGGUCAUUAACUCUGUUGGACAGAUGGACAGCUCCGACUCAGAAGAUGGCAGCAGUUUGGACGGGGUCCGCAUCUUUGAAGUGUCAACGCAAGGCGGAGGAGAACCCCGCGUCGAGGUACGAAAUCCUCGAAUGCGCGAAAUUCCCCUUUUGAUAUCGCAGCAGCGGAGUAAUGAUCGUGUGUACCUUGUUGCGCAUCGGGAUCUCGGAUCGAUGCGUGAGCGAGCCCCGACAUCCCCUGGCUGGUCAGAAGGAUCUCCAGCGGCGAAACAGGACAUACCGCGGCUGCUCUACUACCUCGAGGAGCCCAACGUAGGGCGUGGAUUUAUCAAAGAGAUGUGUUUCAGCCCAGACGGCCGUGUGAUUUGCAGUCCAUACCAUUACGGCGUACGCCUUUUUGCAUUUGAUGAACGUUGCUCAGAGCUCGCUGAUUGCGUGCCGCGUCGGCCGCGCCGCCUAGCCGAGAUCUCGAACAUUGGUGACCACAAGAGUUACGUUGUCAGCUCGAAAUUCUCACCAACUCAGCACCUUCUUGUGACUGGCUGCCUCAGCGGCAAAGUCUUCUUCCAUCAGCCAAGAUUUUAACCUCAAGGCUAGUCUAGACCAUUUUUUGACCUGCCGUGUCUGUAACGUAUAGUCAGUAAAAGAGAAUAAUAGCCGGACCAAGCUGAGCUUUGAGCUGUUCAUGUGGUAUCUGUGUGAGAUGCAGUACAGUCAUGUACGGCUUGGCGGUCAUCGUGACUCAUUGAUGACUGGCGGUGUCAUAGUGAAUGUCGAUGACAGCGACAUUCAGGAUGGCUUCUUUCGCUUCGAAUGUCGUUGGUGUCGUCGGUAGUAGCAGCAGUUUCCGUUAACGACGAAACAUUGAGCACAGGCGAACGAACCAUUUUGGUAAUCAAUGUAAUAAUAUAAUUAUCAUAAUAACAAUACUAAUAAUAUACCAACAAUAACAACAGCAACAUGGGAAAAGGCCGAAAAUCAGCAUUUUUUCAAAGCCAGUCGCAAUAUCAGCAAAGAUUAAUCGGGUGUGUGAGUGUGUGCGCGUGUGCAUGUUAGCUGCUGUUUGACGUAUGGGAUGGCAAAAUAUGUUCGCUUCAUGUUGGUUAACGCUUUUGUGUAAAUCUGUUGUGCGCGGCCGCAAUACAGAUGCUGCUUGACGGCAAAAUACAAAAACGAUCGUGGCAAGAGAUAAAGCUGAAUGAUUAUCGGCCCACUGGUAGAUCUAUUAUAGAAUUACCAUUAUUAUUAUUAUGCAGUGAUGAUGAUAACGAUGAUUGUCUAGGAAAUAGAAGGAGGAGACGGAUUUACCUGGCAAGAUGUGCGAAUGUAUUGGUGUAAGAGGUGAACAUAGAGGAAAAUGGUGAACGAUAAGGCAUAUGCGCUCGCGCUGCGUCCCUGGCACGUCCUCGAUGCUACAGGGCCAUGCGCGGUAUCGUGUUGGAAGGAAAGAAGAAAAGAAACAUUUUCCUCGAUUGCAAAGAAAGGCAAAUCGAGGGGAAGAAUGUUUAGUGAUGAUUGAGGUAAGAUAAGAUGAUUCGCGCGAUCUGAACGAGACUCUAGCACGCCGACUGGAGCCGAUUUUGGGGUCCGAGAAUACAGGCAAAUUUUUAGUUGUGCAGUUGUUUAAGCAAACUCGGCUAACACAGACGAAACAAGACAAAAAAAAGACCGGAGAAGUCGACAGACACAACAAAUAGUUACUCUUGCGGAUAUUAGGAAACAAGACACGCAUUUAUGAUGGACUUGAAUGGAAUGAUAUCGCUGAAUGGUAUGGAUAUAGCUACCGUUGUCAUCGUAAACAUAGUUGUAAUGAUUAUUAUCAAAUAAUGAAUUUAUCUUAAAGUCAUUAGUUAACAUGGUUUCCUAUUUUAUUGAGUAAUAUUUUGUACGGUAGAUUAUCGCUUUAUGUUAAUGUAAAGGUUCAAAUUAGUCUUGAGUGAAAAUUCUCCUACACAGGUGUAUCAUCGUUUUAGCGAAAUCCAGACAAUAUUGUUGUACAUGAUGGGUCGUAUGCAACAAAAAGUAGAAGUCUUCAUCAACAAAAUAGGGUGCCUAGGCAUAUGUUAUUUAGAAUGUCCAUAGCGAAGCUAUGCUGAUAUAAAAAAAAUCAUGUUCUUCCUUUGGUUUUCUUUUUAUCGCGCUCUGUGUUAGUAGCUAUCAUAAAACGUUAUAUUUAUGCUUCUUAUUUGGUUUAACUAUUGAAUACGCCUUUGCCACUUCUCCCAGUGCUUCUUGCGCUUACUGUUGCCUCUACCAUUAGUGACAGACUACCAGAAUGAUAAGACGUUAUGAAAGAACAACAUUUACCCAUUGCUUGUGUACGUACCUGUAAUACUGCAUUAUAUUCUGAUACGUUAGCAGAAGAAUGGGACAGACGCAAAAAAAGAUAUUUAGGUGUGUAAUACACCAUUAAUUGCAGCAAAAGCGAUAGUCAACCCAUGUGAAGCUGAGUGCGCGCCUGACAUUCAUAUAGCUUAGGAAAUUUGGAACGGUUUAGAGACAACCUAGGAAGGAAAGGAACGCAAACGUCGACGUACGGGCCGUAAAAACAACACAACGAUGGGCUCCAGCGGCAAGGUCUCUUUUAGCGCAUAGAUACAAAAAUAAUAUAGAGAAAAUUUCAGUAUCAUACGCAGACACAAAUACACAAUAUUACUAACAGCGCUGCACACAGACAGGAGAAAAAAACCGGCGAACACAACAUUCUACAUGGUGAUAGAUAUAAAGUAAAUGCACAGAUGUAUCUGAUGAAAGCUAGGAGACGAGGACAACAAUAAACAAAUUAAAAUAUCAAGCUCUAGACAAAUGUUUACAGAUAACUGAAAACCUGAGAACACUAUUGGCAUACAAUUCAUCGUGACUGCUAAUCUAGUUUAUUCUUCAUAUAUAUUAAUUUUCUGGUGAUAAAUAAUAGUCGAACCGUUCUUACGGACGGAAAACAAAUAAUUAAAAAACAAAAAAGUAAUACUGCAGUAAUAUUAAUAAUUACUAUUAUUAUGAGGAUGGUAAUAACCUAAAAAAAACUGAAACACAAAUAUGUUACUCAAAAACGACAAAUGCGUUCAUCUCGGCGACUACGACCUAAACCAAAGAAACAUAAAGACACACUCGUAACAAAUGAUAAAAAGUCGCAAUUGAAUGGUAAAUAAUUAAUAUUAUUACAAGUAAUCCUGGUCAUAAUUUUCGAAGCGGCCACCUUGCGUUCUGCGGCUUCUAAAGGGUAAUUAAUGAAGUUCGAACGUUAAAAGAGGGUAAUAACUUUGUAUGCCGAUUAAGAUACACAAGUAUAAGAAAGUGGUGAUGUCAAUUUCUAAAUUAUGGAAAUUCAGCUAGCAUAAAUUAAUGUAAAAGAUUCUGAACUGAGGCUCUAUGGCUCAUAGCGAAACUAGGCUGUUCCAGCGUGCUACACGGGGUCUACUGCUAUCAUGUGCGGCCGAUUCGUCCCCAGCUGGCAACGCUUUUUACAAUGAAAAUGAUCCCCAUAGUGAAAGACAUCUUUUACCGCAAAUGUCGAUUACGGGUGUAGGAACAAGUCGUGUCUAACUGGUACCAGUCGUAGGAAACAGAGAGUCAAUGCUAUUCCGUGUUCUGUUGAGCGCAGCCGGGACGAGCAAGCAGAAGGAUAUCGAAGUGUGUUAAUUGGUUUAAUUAAGCCGAACCUUAAUUAAAGUGCCUUUUUUGAAUGGCACACACAAACAGAUCAAGGAAUUGAACGGGAAAACUAAGGUAGCGCAGCAAACCAACCGAAAAUAUGGGAACACAGAGAAAAUGAACUACAUUUCAACAACUGCUCGAUACAUGACAAAGCAAGCUCAUCCUAUUACUACGAAAAAAAUAAAGCAAUAAAAAUAAACUUAAAAAAUGUGGACAAAUCUAUUCCGAAGUGUGUUGAUGAUGUGUUACGUUGAAACGGCACAGCGAGACAAUGGAAAGCGAAAAAAAAGCUAUCACAUUGAAAAAAAGAUUAGUAAACUCAAGAAAUAAUUGAGAACUAACAUAUAAAAAAACAUUAGUCAUAGAAAAUUGCUCAGUCCCGAGUUCAAAUAUGCCGGACUUGCUUUACGGGCUCGACUGCUAAAUUCUAAUUAUAACUAUAACACUGACAACAAAGUAACACUAAUGGCAACACCGAUAAGAACAAUAACGAUAUUAAUAAUAAUAUCAAGAAAGUACGUGCAUAAGUUGACUAAUGCUAGUUUCAUUUGAUCACGCUUCGAACUUGGGUUGCUUCUAUACAGCAGCAUGCUGUUGCUGCCGGGAAGUGCUUGGAAGGUUUGCUGUGGGCGUAUAUAUAUAAAAAAUAAAACGAGUUUAGGUGAGAGUAGGCAGGUAAACCAGACAGAAAUAAGGGAAAGAACAAGCGAGUGAACGGAAAUGACAGAAAGCGAUAUCCCGACACUCUUUGGACUACACCUAACUACGAUAGCUAUUUUUUUGUCUGACUGCCUUCUCGUAUAAGAUUUAUGCCCAGUAAAAGAAAAAGAAACUAAUGGGUUUGCGCUCAAAGGGAAACUGAGGUACUACGCUACACUGACGAAGUCGAUGCCUCCAAGAUACAACGACUUACCGUUUGUCAACUAAAUUAAAUUGUGCUGAUCUCGGUGGUAUAUGAUCUAGGUGAAUGAAUAUAUUAUGUAUCAGAAUACAGAAUCAGGUAUCGAGACAAUUAAAUUGAGUAGCCCAGAAAAAAUGACACUGUUUGACAUGUCUCGCACCACAUCCAUAAGCUACCGUACCAUGAUCUGUUACAAUUUCGAAAUAAUUGAACGUUUUUAGGUUAUUAAAUGAAGUGCAACACGCUCAUUCAGUAAUAGGGCUAGGGUCGUGAUUAUGUAAAAUGGCUUUACUGUUCCGACACCAUGGAGUUAUACUCGAAAACCCGACGGUUUCGUUUUUGCAAAAAAAAAAAAAAAAAAAACUGUUCAUAACACUAUUUGUGAAAUAUAUUCCUUCCUUUACCAAUUUGUUUUAACAAUUCUCUGUAGAAAAUGGGUUGGCCUCACCCCUCUUGAGUCUAUUUAACAUGAACAUUUAUCAGGUUAUUAGGUAUUAUUAUAUUAUAAACAUGAAUUACAGCUCAAACGAAUCAGUGUUCAAAUGCUGAGAUUCAGAUACCCGAUUGUUGACUAUUUGUUGCCACUUGAUGUACUAUUCUCGAUGUCUCAUGCUCGCUCAAUGUCACAUGCAGCCGUUCCAAACCUUCAGGGAAAGAGCUACUAUUUAUUUCUGUUUCUUCCCAAGACAACUGUUGCUGCAAACUGCUGCUCAUACACUGUUCCUAUAGAUAUAGUUAGCGUAUCCUAGUAGUAUAUAUAAAUCAUAGACUACCACAUAUUAUCUACUGGUAAAGCGUACAAGAUUAUUGUGACUAAUCAUUGUAUUGUACUUUUCGUAAUUUAUUGUUUUAUUCAUUUCUUGAAUUAGAUGUAAGAAUGAUUGUAACUUUAUCAUCUCUAGUAUUUUUUCAUUUUAACGCGAGUCUGCAUUUACAUUUCUGUAUCUAUGUACAAUGUAAAUACACGUUUAAAGAAAAGAAAAACAGCUUAGUAUACCGCAAAUAGGCAUGGAAAAUGUAAUGUAUUUAGACUUUUCAUUUAUUUAGACUGUCUAUUUUAUCUAUUUCACCACUUUACUGUAUCCUAUAUUAUCACUACUGUUACACCGAACGAAUUUCGUUUCUUAUAUAAUUGUUAUUAAUACACAUGUUGCCGCGUAAAGGAGAGUUGGUAGUUAGUAUGCAAGCAAUUCGUAGGAUUUAACUGUACGAACAUUAUCUAUUCAUAUUCUUAAGUAGAUAAAAUAGGAUAUUAUACUUUGCUCUGUGUGAGCAGAUGUAGUCAUUACAAGUUGUCCGACUUAGUAGAAAUAAACAAAAAAAUAGUGGGUUUGAAUAAUAUAAUAAUGGUGGAUAACGGUGUUGGCUGUAACAACAAACAAGUCUGUCGAUUUUUUUAUCACAAUCAAGUGGCAACUUUAUUUAUUAUAUUUGGUCUUUUGUCUAAAUUAUCAACGAUUUAGUAUAUGCGUUGUAGCUACAGUAACUCAUUUGCCUUCACACGUUAAUCGAUUCGAUUCUGUCUGUGAGGGCAAGUCAGUGCGUCAUGGAGAACUAUAGCAAACGAACUCUAUCUCUAGGUGAAGGUAUGAGGGCUGUGGAUGUGUGCAGGCGAUCAAAGACGUUUCGUAACAGUGUAAGACUCAGAGCUUAAUCACGUACAUAUAUAUAUAUAUAUAUAUAUAUAUAUAUAUGUGUAACGGGUGUGGAGAGAUAAAGAAAACGAGAAAAAAAACGCGUAAACGUUCCCUUCGAGCGCAUCCGAUGUGACGUUGUAAAUAAAUGCGAUGAAAUUUUAUAUGAAAAUCGCAACAAAGACGAAAAUAGUCUUAACAAGAACAAUGGCAACAAUAACGACAACGACAGGAAAAAAUAACAACAAAUCGAAAAUCGUGCAUAAUAAACUCGUUUCCUAGUUGGA